AAGGAAGUACUUCUUCUACCUCCUCUUCUUCUUCUAGUUCUGUGAUGGACCCACUGAGCAGUGUGUUGGAUGGUACCGAUCCCUUGUCACUAUUUGCAGCAGCUGCAGAUCCUUUGACUACUGCUGCUUCCGUGGACGGUAUGCGAAAGAAACGGGAUAAAGAUGACAGCUCAGCACUAGGAAGUGACUUUGAACAGUGGUCAAGCAAACGCGGUGAAAUACUUGCUAGAUACACAACAACUGAGAAGCUCUCUAUUAAUCUGUACAUGGGAUCCGAAAAAGGAAAAGGUACAACUAGUGGCUCAGCAGUUUCUGAAAAAGUGAGGACAAGGUUAGAAGAACUGGAUGAUCUGGAAGAGGUAGGAAAGCUUCUGGUUCAAUUACAUCGUUCUAAAAGUGAAAUAAGCUUGUUAAUUAAGAUUUCCUAGUUGCUUUUUUUUUUUUUUUUAAGAUUAUC